AACCGCAAGCCGCUCCGUUUGGAACACUCAGUGGAAAGAAGCCGGAAGCGGAAGCGGCGGACCGGCAGGAGCAGCAGGAGACGGGACAGAAGGAAGGCGGUGAGAAGCGAACCGUGAGGAGAAGGAUGAGGCGGGAUGUGCGCAUCCUCCUGCUGGGAGAAGCCCAGGUGGGGAAAACCUCGCUGAUCAUGGCCCUAGUGGGUGAAGAAUUCCCUGAAGAGGUGCCUCCCCGUGCAGAAGAAAUCACAAUCCCAGCCGACGUCACCCCUGAGAAGGUUCCCACCCACAUCGUGGACUACUCAGAGGCAGAGCAGACAGAAGAGGAGCUCCGAGAGGAAAUUGCCAAGGCGAAUGUGGUCUGCAUGGUGUAUGACGUCACGGAAGAGUCCACCAUUGACAAGAUUCGGACAAAAUGGAUCCCGAUGGUGAACGGUGGAGCCGAAAAGUGUUCCAGGAUCCCCAUCAUCCUCGUAGGAAAUAAAUCUGACUUGCAGACCGGAAGCUCCAUGGAAACCAUCUUGCCCAUCAUGAACCAGUUCUCGGAGAUUGAGACCUGCGUAGAGUGUUCUGCAAAGAACUUGAAGAAUAUCUCCGAGCUCUUCUACUAUGCUCAGAAAGCAGUUCUGCAUCCGACGGCUCCUUUGUAUGACCCAGAGGAGAAACAGCUGCGACCAGCAUGCACACGAGCACUCACUCGGAUUUUCAACAUGUCCGACCAGGAUAACAACCAGAUCCUAAGCGACGACGAGCUGAACUAUUUCCAGAAGUCCUGCUUUGGAAACCCAUUGGCCCCUCAAGCUCUUGAAGACGUGAAAAUGGUGGUCUGGAAGAACACGACAGAUGGGGUCCAGGACAACGGCCUAACGCUUAACGGCUUCUUGUUCCUCAAUACUCUCUUCAUCCAACGAGGACGACAUGAAACCACAUGGACCAUCCUGCGCCGCUUUGGCUAUGACGAUGCUCUAGAGCUGACAGAUGACUAUCUCUGUCCAUUAGUUCGGGUGCCGCACGACUGCUCCACGGAACUCAAUCACUUUGCCUAUCAGUUCCUGCAGAGGAUGUUUGAGAAGCACGACAAGGACCGUGACGGUGCCCUCUCCCCGGCUGAGCUGCAGAGCUUCUUCAGCGUGUUCCCCUCCGUGCCCUGGGGCCCCGAGCUCUACCACACGGUAUGCACCACUGAUAAAGGCCUGCUUUCCCUGCAUGGAUUCCUCUGCCAGUGGACGCUGGUGGCCUACCUGGACGUCCACCGCUGCUUGGAGCACCUGGGCUACCUGGGCUACCCCAUCUUCUCCGAACAGGACUCCCAGGUUCACGCCGUCACAGUUACACGGGAAAAAAGGAUUGACUUGGAGAAGGGCCAGACCCAUCGAAAUGUCUUCCUCUGCAAAGUGGUUGGGUCCCGGGGCUGCGGCAAGUCUGCCUUCCUGCAGGCCUUCCUGGGGAAAAACGUGGCUGCCCAGAGUGAAUCCAAAGGAAAGGAAGUCUACUAUACUAUUAAUACAAUUCAAGUCAAUGGGCAAGAAAAAUACUUAAUACUGCACGAGGUUGAUGUGGAUGCGGAGUUUGCAAAGGCAUCCGAUGCGUCUUGUGAUGUUGCCUGCUUGUUGUAUGACGUGACGGACCACAAGUCUUUCAACUACUGCGCUAGUGUUUAUAAGCAGCACUACCUGGACGGACAGAUCCCGUGUCUCUUUGUGGCCACCAAGGCGGACCUGCCCGAGACGUCUCUGCCGCACGGCCUCUCGCCCGCCGAGUUCUGCCACAAGCACCGCCUCCCGCCACCGUUUUACUUCACCUGCAACGGACAGGGCCCACCAAGCCCCGCCAUUUACGCCAAGCUGGCCGCUGCCGCCACCUUCCCGCACCUCAACGACAUCGACCUGGGAGCGGCUUCUUUCUGGAUCCGCGUCGCUUUGGGAGCCACGGUGGCUGCCGUUGUGGGCGUGACGCUUUACAAGGCGAUGGCGAAGAACAAAUAGAGGAGGACGAGGAUGAAGAAGAAGCCACCAGCCCUCUUUCGUCCUCCUCCGCCUUUCCCCACCUGGCUCUCCAAAACCAGCUCCGUUGCCCUCGAGCAAGCAGCAUGCCACUCAGGAAAAGGGACGAGAUGGCCACCCGGAGAAUCGCUUUUCCCUUGACCUCCUUUUCUCUCACUGCGGGGGGAGCUCGGUAGCAUGGACGGCCACCAUUGCAGCACCAGCAGAAGCCGAAAUCAUUGCAGGAAAUCAUCUCACCGGCUUCGCAUUCUGCCGUUUUCCACACUCAGGGAGUGCCUCUCCUCGGCCGUAGUUCUCUCCCGUGACCUCUGGACUCCGCUUCACUUUUUGUACCGCCCUGGGAGGUCUUUCUUCAAAGCUUGAAGCCGUUGCAACAAAAUGAAUGAUUAAUCCUAUUUUUUAAAAAAAGAGACUUCUGUUUUAUGGGAUGCUCAGGCACAAGGGGGGACGGGGCUUAGUUCCUCACAAAAAAAAUAAUCAAUUUACAUCCCCAGACCAAAAAAGGUAUUGUAAUAAUCAAUUUACAUCCCCAUACCAAAAAAGGGAAAUGCUAAAGAAUGUUCAAACUUACUUAUUUCACAUGCCAGGAAGGUAAUGCUCAAGAUCCUGCAAGGCAGACUCCAGCAAUACAUGGAGCGAGAGUUGCCAGAUGUCCAAGCUGGGUUUAGAAAAGGCAGAGGAACCAGAGAUCAAAUUGCCAAUAUCCAGAUGCUGGAUCAUGGAGGAAGCCAGGGAGUUUCAGAAAAACAUCGACUUCUGCUUUAUUGACUAUUCUAAAGCCCUCGACUGUGUGGAUCAUAACAAACUAUGGCAUGUUCUUGGUGGUCUGGGGAGACCAAGUCACCUGUCUGUCUCCUGAGGAAUCUGUAUAAAGACCAAGUAGCCACAGUCAGAACAGAUCAAUGUGGCCCAAUUUUUCCUUUUUUAAUCCAUCCUCCACUUAUAUAUAUAGAUAGUAGGCAUGUCCGAUCGAUGAAAAAAAUGUUUCAAUUCUCGUUUCUAAAGUAGGGGGCGCUGGCGUUUCGAUAUAGAAAGUAUUUCCGAUUUUUUUCACCCAAAAAUUUCAGAUAUUUCCGAAAAUUCGUAAUGAUUCUAAAUGUUUCUAAAAUGGCAGACGCACAUGCGCAAUCGCCAAAAAAAAAAAAGGAACCGGGGGGGGGGACUUUUCCAGGGCUCCCCCGCCCUCAUUUCUUGAGUGAUCCUCAUCAACCCUAGCCCCCACCUUUGUGUCCAUCGUGGAAGCUUCUGAUUGGCCGGGGAACGGCAGCCAUGUUAGGCUGCGCUAAGCUCCCGUUCUAGGUAGGUUGCAGAAACAAAAAAAAAAUUAAAAAUAUUUUUAAAAAUAUAUUUUAAAAAAUUGGGGGGGGAUUAAUGAAACAUUAAGAGACAAUUAGAGAAUGGGCCAACAAUGGUUCAAAUUACAUUGCUGGUUGCGCUGUGAGACAAUGUCGGAAUGCGUAUCAAAAAGCAAGAACAAUCCGAAAUAAUUCCGAUAUAUGAUUCAGAACGAUUUUUUGGACAUGUCUAAUAGAUAGAUAGAUAGAUAGACACACACACAUAUAUCUAUAAUGUGCAUAAUUAAGACCAAGUUAACAACAAAACCACUGGGCCAAAUCACACCAAAUUUGGCCACAAUACUCACUUUCCAAGGAGUGACCUUGCAACUUCAAAGCCUGGCUACUUCAUACCUAGGGGAUUCCAUUGUUGCCCAACUUGAAUACCAUUGAUUAGCCUUUUAGCUUCAAAGCCUGGCUGCUUCAUACCUUGGGCGAUCCUUUCUAGGCCACCUUGAAUGCCACAAAGAAAACCCCUCUUAGGAUUACGCCACAGCAAUGUGUGGAUGGGCACAGCUAGUAUAUCUUCUAUAUAUAUAAAAGAGUGAUGGAAUCCUGGCGACCGACAAAACAAGAAAACUAAACACCCCACAACCUCGAAAAUUGACAACACAACCCCUCAUCCACACCUCUAGGUUGAUACAACAAAAAGAAAAGAAAAAUAAAGUCCUAAUUAGAGGGAGAGGAAUAAUUGUUUUUAUCCAAUUGCUGCCAGUUAGAAGGCUAAGCUCCGCCCACUUGGUCUCCUAGCAACCCACUCAGCCCAGGGGACAGGCAAAGUUAGGCCUCACUUAGGCCUCUUCCACACUGCCUAUAAAAUACAGACACCACCAGACAAUGCCACAGCAACGCGUGGCCGGGCACAGCUAGUAUAUAUAUAGUUGUGUAAAUAUGUAUAUGAAAAAAAAGGAAUGCUUUUCUGCCCUCAAUAGUGAAUAAAUCACUCGGGAUACAUUUUUUAAAA